AGCUGGGAGCACAGUCUCAGUGGUCGGCUUGUUUCCCGCCGGCUACCUUCCUUGCGUUGCAAUCAUGGUGGACGUGAUGGAGUCGCCCAAGGCGCGCAUCAACGCCAGCAUGCUAGCUCAGUUCAUCGACCAGCCGGUCUGCUUCGUAGGGAGGCUGGAGAAGAUUCAUCCCACUGGGAAAAUGUUUAUUCUUUCAGAUGGUGAAGGAAAAAAUGUAACUGUUGAGUUGAUGGAGCCUCUUGAUGAAGAAAUCUCUGGAAUCGUGGAAGUAGUUGGAAGAGUAACGGCCAAGGCAACCGUUAUGUGUGCAUCUUAUGUCCAGUUUAAAGAAGAUAAUCAUCCUUUUGAUCUUGGACUUUACAAUGAGGCUGUGAAGAUUACCCAUGAGUUCCCUCAGUUUUUUCCUUUGGGAGUUGUGCAGUAUGGUUGAACUAUUUUGAUGAUUGCCCAUGAGCUACACUGAAGACUAUUAAGAGGCCCCUGAUAUUUGAAGGAGCAAUUCCUGUGAUUUUUAAUAUUUGUUUUCUUCUUAAUUUCAUUUACCUAACUUUAUUAGAUAUUCCAGUGUGCCAUUUUUGACAGGACUGGCUUAUUGACAGUUCUCACCUAAGUUCUCAUAAAGAAUAAUUUCUCUGGCAUAUAGUCAGAUUAAAUGC